AAAAAAGCAUAACACACCUGCGCCUUCGUCUUCGACCUCAUCGAGAAAACAAAUUGAGCUUGUCCGCUGAAGAAGAAAAACUAGGAGCUCGAUAAUUCAAGAGGGGAUCAAACUUGGCCUCCUUGAUGAAAUCGCCUCUUCUCAUAUUCGGAUUGGGCAGCGAGGAUGAGAUUCUGUAAGAGGGAAUCGAUUUCUCGUCCAAGGACCUGGACGACGUUGUUUUCCGAUCAAUAACGGUCUCGCAGUCCUAACCCAAGAUAUUACAGUGUGGCGUUGUGUGGGUGUGUGCACAUGUUUGGAUCUGUAACAUAUGUUAACCAAAAUAACCUGAACCUAUGUAUUAUUCUUCUGCUUAAGUUUGGUCUCCGAGACAAUACCGGAUCAUCAAGACUAUAUAAAGGCUGAUCGAAGAGAAAGAUCCUCUCAGAAGGAAGUGAAAAAGAGACACGAAUAAAAUUUUUACUUGAAGAGGCACAUGAUUGGAAGCUUACCACUCCAUGCAAGCCAAUACCACAGGCGCGUCCUGCAAUUAACCGGCCAACUGCAUCACCAGUUGAAGAAGAUUUAGAGCUGGUCAAGGCUAUUGAUGCCUCCAUCCAGUCUGCUUUGCAGGAGAGGCCGCCCUUGUCUGAUGCACUCCGAAUCCGUGAAACAAAUGCAUCAAGUAGUUCGAGUACGUAUCUCCAUGUAUAGUGGAGACUUGUCACAGUGUGAAAGUGUCCCAGGAGGGGAUUUAGAUUCACAUGCAGAGAUCCAUAACUUGACCGGAAUUAAAGGUUUAUCUGAGGCCAAAGUUGAUAAGAUUUGUGAAGCUGCUGAGAAAAUAGUGAACUUUGGAUAUAUUACUGGGAGUGAUGCUAUAACCAGAAGGAAGUCCGUGAUUCGCAUAACAACUGGGAGCCAAGCACUAGAUGAACUUUUAGGCGGUGGGGUUGAAACUCUAGCGAUCACAGAAGCCUUUCGGGAAUUUAGGUCUGGGAAAACACAGCUUGCACACACACUCUGCGUAACUACACAGCUUCCCACUAACAUGCAUGGAGGGAAUGGAAAGGUUGCUUACAUUGAUACUGAGGGAACAUUCCGGCCAGAACGAAUUAUACCUAUAGCUGAAAGAUUUGGCUUGGACCCAGGAGCUGUUCUCGACAAUAUCGUUUAUGCUCGUGCUUUUACAUAUGAGCAUCAGUAUAAUCUGCUUCUUGGUCUAGCUGCAAAAAUGGCUGAAGAGCCAUUCAGACUUCUGAUUGUGGACUCGGUGAUUGCUCUAUUUCAUGUUGAUUUUACUGGGAGAGGAGAGCUUGCAGAUCGCCAGCAAAAACUUGCACAGAUGCUUUCCCGAUUAAUAAAGAUUGCUGAGGAAUUCAAUGUCGCUGUCUAUAUGACCAACCAAGUGAUAGCUGACCCCGGUGGUGGAGUGUUCAUAUCUGAUCCAAAGAAACCAGCAGGAGGUCAUGUGCUCGCCCAUGCAGCAACCAUAAGGCUCAUGUUUAGAAAAGGCAAAGGGGAACAGCAUGUCUGCAAGGUGUUUGAUGCCCCAAACCUGCCUGAGGCUGAAGCAGUUUUCCAGAUAACUGCAGGAGGCAUUGCAGAUGCAAAGGACUGAAGUGCAACGCCUUUCUAUGACACAAGAAACAAGAAAAUACUGUAAUAUUUUAAUUUCCUGCUAUUUAUAGUCAUAGUUGGUACAAAGUGGCAGUGAUAUGCAGAAAGGAGAGGCGUGGUAUAGAGUGGUAAUGAUAAGCGUAAACAUAAUGCACUAGCAACUUAUGCUAGAAGAUGAAUGACUUCAGUAUUGAAUGUUUGAGCAAGGUUACUUUACCUGAGUGCUUUUCUUGUGUGCAAAAGCAUCUAGUACGCUUAAAGUGUUUUUGUUAUACAGUACUUUUGAUUUA